AUGGCAGAAGAUCUACAGCGUUACUUGAAGACUCUGGUCCAGUCAGAGGAAGGACUGGAGGCUGUUAUCGUAUCAGAUAGAGACGGAGUUCAAUUGGUGGAAGCUAAGAACGAGGGCGUGUCGGUUGGCGUCCUAAAACCUCCGUUUCUCGGGACGUUUUCCAUAGCUAGCGAGCAGGCUAGCAAACUUGGACUAGGCAAAAACAGAGCCAUCAUAUCAAAUCAGCCAUUUUGUGUAAGAACGCGCUUGCGCAAAACACACGCUCCAAUUAUAAGGAAAGUGGGUGGGGCUGGUCGCGUCGGAAAUAUUGAAGUGGCAAAGAUGAUGCCCAUCAAAGGUCUCUCGGCUGAAGAAACGCACUUUCACCGGCGGCCGCUGGUGGGCAGGGGCGGGAAUUACCUCUCGUCCGCUCUUCUCUGCAUGUGGGACAAUAUCCACGGACCCAAGAUACUCAGCAUAUGGAGCAGAGACGAAAAAUCACCCUCACCCCUAGUGGCGGGGAAGCACACGGGGGCGCCGUCUCCUCUCCCCAAACCGCCGACCCUUCUCGGCGUGGCCAUCCACUCUCUCAACAACGAGCCUGGACGAACGGAGCGAAUCCUCGGAAUCGAGUCCAAGUUCUUUGUGAUGGAGAAAAACAGCAUAAUUGCAGGGGCAUUCAUAUUCACGGUGGAGAUCAACCAGGGCCGGCCGGAGGUGUUCUCCUUCAUUCUGGUCCUCCCUCACUCGGAAAUGCAAGAGUAUCUCACCAGAUUCUCUUUCUACGAGGCAAAAGUUCAUCAGCUGUUGCGCAAGUCUCUAAUUGAGCCUCUGUGCAAGCUACCACCGACGGGAAUGCACUACAAGUCUCAGGCCAGGCUGAAGGAGCACGUCAUGAAGGAAGUGGCCAACGUGGACCAGCCCAUCCAGAACCUGGCACAGCUCAUGCACAGUCUUCGCUACCACUGCAUCCCUCCAAAAUACACCGUUCAUCAGACAUAUCUGGGGAAUGAUUUAGAGGCAAUGAGAAAAUUUCUCGAGCACUCCAUAACUUGUCUCUUGCAGUGCUCCGGGCAUGCCAUAGUGGUAGGGGAAGACCGACAGAGUGUCAACACCAUGCUGAGGACACUGGGUCUGUUCCUGUCAGAUCAGGAGAAGAAGCUCUCUCGACUUGCCUGUCCCCCUCCCUCCUCCAUGGACGGAGAUGACAACAUGGACUUCUUCAACUACGAACCAAACCUCUUCCUCCAGGGGUUUGUAGUGAGUGGCGAGUCGUCGUAUCUGCCUUUCUCAAUGGCCAACAUUCGAGAGAGCUACCUCCCUCCCUGCAUCAUCCACAUCAGCACCAACUUCAAGGAGGUCAGGUGGGUGGAAAUGAACAUUCCUUUCUUCAUUCGCGUCAAAGACGACAAUAACGAGAAGAAGCACAGGAAAUGUCUCGACUUCAGAGAUCUUCAUCAGUUCAAGGACUUCAAGGAGUGCUCUUCACGAAUGAUGACCGACUUUAUUGAGAGA